GACAUUACGACAUGACGCACACGUUUUGUUGACAUCCAGCGUGAGAAAAAUGGCCUCUACGUGGGAAAUACGUUUAACGGUGGUAUAUUUAAGCGUAUUGUGUGUCCUGGCCAACGCACAAUCGAAACAAAUAACCACGGAAACAGUCGUGUUAAAUGUGACAGCGGUUAGUGAAACUAACCAGACUCAGUACAGUGUACAGAUAAAUUUAACUCUAGGUCUUUCGGACAAUGAAACAUUCAUUAAUGGAGCUCCUCUCAAGCCUUCAGGAGUCACAAGGAUGACAUGUCCUGCUCUUUUGUUGGAUGGUUCUAACGUGAGCUCUACUAAUCUGGAGGAGGGGUUGGUCAGCAGUGAGCUGAGGCUGAUGGGUAAUCAGUCAUAUGUUCAGAGUGAUGCUGGAGAGCAGCUUCUUUUACUCGUCCUGAGUCAGGAGAUAAUCCAGCUGGCAGAUGAAAAGGUCCAGCAGCCAGAUGCAUAUGAGGUGGAGAUCCUGUGGAACCAGAGCUCUGAGGAGAUCACACAGGUGACCAAUAUUUACCCUUCAACAAGAAGCAAGCUCUCAGACAUCCCACGAGAGAGUGACGUCUUGGUGACUAAUGCGUCCAUUCAUAAUACAGUUGAAGACCAAGUGCUUAACACCACCAGCCACUAUCUACUCAAACAUGCAGAGACCACGCAGGAGGAGAUUGCCGCUCCGGGGAAACUCCCUGAAACUCCCUUGAGGAUGGACCCUGAAACCUUGUAUGAGUCUAGAGAGGAAGAGGAAAGGACUGCAGAUUCCUUGCUGCUUGGGCCUCCUCUAAGCGGGACCAUGUCCUCCUACAGUGUGGCAUGUCAGUGGGUCGAGAGGCUGAGGGAUAAACUGAGGCGCUUCUGGUCUGAUUCUGUCCCGCUCUUCUUCUUGAUCAUGUGGGUGGUGGUGGUUGGUAUUGCAGGUUCGGCGGUCAUCAUUAAGAUCCUGGAUCUUCUGUUCCCAUCCUGUGAACACAGGGGAUUUUUUCAUCUGAAUCCAGAGACUCUGAUGCCAGAUGAUGAAAAACAGAGGCUAAUAGAUAACAUGGAUGGAGAAACGACAGAAAAAAGCGUUUUGAUAGAAAAGUGAUGGAUGUUCUCAUCAGUUUGGUUAUGUUGCUUUAUUUGGUCGUCAAUACCAAUGAUUUCAAUGUAGCACUUUAAAAGAAAAAAUAUUCCCCAACGUUUCCUAAUGAUCCACAUAUCUGUCUGUUUAACAGCAUAAUGAGCAAAUUACUAUUUUUAUUUUUCACUACAUUGUGAAGUGGAAUGGUAAAGGUGCACAAAUUUAAAUAAGCAGUCCCUGAAAUGUCCCUGCCUUUUCCCCACUAAAGUGUAUGUUUUAUGCUUAUAGUAGGAAUUGAUAUUGCCUGUUGUAUGGAAAUGACAUUAUACCAUUACUGACAAUUAAAGGGUAUAGCACUAAAAAAAAAUGGACAAACAGUCCAUUAAAGUUAAUGUAAAAAAACAUCCAAAAUCUUAGCAGCUGAUUUUCAGCUGUCCAUUUUAUUUAAAUGGAUUAUUUCUUACUGGGGGUCUUAUUAAAUGGCCUGUAAGAAAUUCUGUCGCUUAAUGUUAAUAUUCAUGUUGCUUCAGAUAUUGCCUGUUACGUUAAGCAUGUAAGCCUUCGACCUGCCUUAGAUGAAUGAAAUGAAGACUUGUACACUUUGUCCUGAGCAAUCUGUCAAAGUAUUCCCCGUGGCAUUAGAACAUUUCAAGCAUUAUACUUGAGCAUUUGAAACAUUUCAAAAGGAUCCUUGCAUUUCAUUGUAGCCCUGUCAUUGUCUGUUAAUGAAACCAGGUGUUAUUCUGAUGCAUGUUAUGACUUGUUUUUCCUCUCAGUUUGUUACAUGAGUAAAUCCUGCACAAAUGA